UGAAAGAGUUUCGUUUUCUUCGUUAUAAUCGCAAUGAAUCGUCAAGAGCUGUAGAUAGUUUCAAACUACGCUGCAGCCGAGUCUGUCGCACUGUUACUGCUGUCAGAGUUAAAGGUGAGGUGAGUCGCAAUGGCAUCUGAUAAUGAUGAAACAUGGGAGACUCUCAUUGAAGACUUUAGGCCGAGGCUGCGAGAGCUAGUUGUGGUGGAGCGGGUUCUGGAUCACGUUCAUUUUAUCGAAAAGGAGCAAAAGGAACAGAUCAGACAAAAGGCGAGGAGCGAGGGUAACAUAGCGGCCGUGGAGCUCCUCAUUAACGCAGUCGUUAAGAAACCUCACACCCUCGGCUGGUUCAGGGCGUUUGUGGACGCGUUGCAAAAUGGGGGUUGCGAAUAUGCAGCGGACUGUAUGGAGUGCAAGCUCCCGGGGCCUGAGGAGGAGGCAGAGAACGAUUACUGUGUCCGGCUUAUUCAAGUCCUGUCUCCAGGUCUUCUGAGCAUGAAGACCGAUGACGUGUGUGAACACUGUUACUCUGAAGAGCUGCUCACCCAUGAGGACUAUGAGAUUAUUAGAGCUGAAAUAGCAAACAGAGGAUCCAUAAGUGGAGCUCGUGAACUUCUGAGAAACAUCGUGAGAGGUCGACCAGGGUGGUUUUCAAAAUUUCUCAAAAUUCUGCGUGACACUGAACAUCAGUACCUGUUUGAGCUGACUGGAGGUGGAGCAUCACCUGACUGUGACAAACCAGGCUCAGAUGAGAAACUUCCCUCUCAGAAAGAUGAACCCAAAGGAAGCGAAGGCGUCACAGGGGAGAAUCCGGCAUCAACUGAAAGCCGCUGCAGUAGCCCAGACUUUAUGGACACCAGCACAACAGAGGAUCCUGAAGACACAGACCUGUACGAGGGAGCGAGCACUGACUCCAGACGACUGCCAAACAGCCUGGAGCCCUCACAACCAGCAGCAGCCAGAGGCCGAGAAGACGCUGAUAUUGUUCUUCGAGAUUAUCAGAUGGACGUCGCAAGACCUGCCUUGAAGGGGAAAAACAUCAUCAUAUGCCUCCCAACAGGAAGUGGUAAAACCAGAGUUGCAGUUUAUAUUACCAUAAAACAUCUGGACUGCAGGAGGGCAGAGGGGCAAUCAGGAAAAGUGGUUGUCCUAGUGAACAAGAUUCCUCUUGUUGAGCAGCACUUCACUGCAGAGUUCUUGCCAUUUCUGAAGCAGAACUACAAAGUGGAGAGAGUCAGUGGAGACUGCCAGCUCAAAAUCUCUUUCACAGAGAUUGUGAAGAAAAAUGACGUCAUCAUAUGCACGGCCCAGAUCCUGGAAAACUACCUGGAGAGGUCUAACAAAGGGGAGGACGAAGGGGUGAACUUAAGCGAUCUGACACUGAUCGUAAUAGAUGAGUGUCACCACACUCAGAAAGGAGGAGUCUACAACCACAUCAUGAUGCGCUACCUGAAGCAGAAGCACAAGAACACAAGGCUGAAGAAGGAGCAGAAGCAGACCGUGCCCCUCCCUCAGAUUCUGGGCCUGACCGCCUCACCGGGGGUCGGGGGAGCCACGAAAAUGGAUAAAGCGGUGGAUCACAUCCUGAAAAUUUGUGCAAACUUGGAUGCUUCCAAAAUCAUGACAGGGAGCCUUGGGGAAUACAAAAAGGAACCAAGGAAAAAAACUUUAACUGUUGAAGACAGAAAAGAGGAUCCCUUUGGUGAUGUCAUUAAGAAAAUCAUGAAUGCCAUUCAUACCCAUGCCGAACUGAGCCCAACCUGCGACCUUGGCUCUCAGAAUUAUGAACAGUGGGUUGUUCAAAAAAAGGUAAAAGCUACAACAGACGAGGAUCACAAAGUGCGGGUUUGUGCGGAGCACCUUCACCUGUACAACGAGGGUCUGAAUCUCGGCAACACCAUUCGCAUGCGUGAUGCUUUCAGUUUCCUCAACAAAAGCCACGAGGAGGAGUUGAAGAAAAAAAUAUCCCCAGAUGAGGAUCAGAAGAUACAAAUCACAGAAACUGAGAGAUUCCUCUUCAAUCUGUUUAAAGAGAACAAGGAAGAGCUGCAGACGCUCGCACAGAAUCCAGAUUAUGAAAAUGACAGCCUGUCGAAACUACAAAGUAAAAUUCUGCACGAGUUCAGCAGCAGGGAGGAGGCCAGAGGGAUCAUUUUCACCAAAACACGUCGCAGUGCCAUUGCUCUCAGCCAGUGGAUUCAGGAAAACCUUAAGUUUGCUGACAUUGGAGUGAAAGCCUCGUAUGUCAUUGGCGGAGGAGACCAGAGCGUUGUUAAACCCAUGACCUCUGCAGAGCGAAACGACGUGUUGAGCAAAUUCCGCAGUGGUGAUGUCAACUUGCUGAUCGCUACCACGGUGGCAGAGGAAGGUUUGGACAUACCGGCCUGCAAUUUUGUUAUCCGGUACGGCCUUGUGACCAAUGAGAUCGCCAUGAUCCAGGCUGAAGGUAGAGGAAGAGCCGAGGACAGCACUUACACUCUGGUCGAGGUGAAGAACUCUGGGGUGGCUGGAAAGGAGUAUGUCAAUGAGUACCGCAAGGACAUGAUGCACAAAGCCAUUGACAAAAUCAAAACCAUGAAUCAGGGGGAUUAUGACAAACAGAUCUUAGAGUUUCAGAUGCAGGCCAUAUUGGAGGAAAAGGUGAGAGUGACCAAGAAGAAGCACAAAGACAUGAAGACUGAGAACCCAUCCGAAGUGAAGUUUAGCUGCCGAGGCUGCAGCCUAGAUGUCUGCUCCGGCGAAGACAUCCAGGUCAUCGAAAACAUACACAGAGUCAAUGUUACGCCAGAGUUUAGUGAACUCUUCAAUCUGACGGAAAACACCACUCUGCAGGAGCGACUUCUAGAUUAUGAGACCAAUGGCUUCAUAUCUUGCAAGAACUGUGGGCAGAGAUGGGGUUCGAUGAUGAUGUACCGUGGCAUCGAGUGCCCCUGCCUCCAUGUGAAAAACUUUGUGGUGACGUGCAGUGGGAAGAAGAUUGGCAAAUGCACCAAGUGGAGUGAGCUGGCCGUCAAGUUUUCUGCCUUUGACUACGCUGAAAAUGCAAGGCGGGUGGCAGAGAGCUCUGACGAUGACGAGACAGCAUGAAUUCAAACUAUGUAGAAUCAUGAAAAGGCUGAUUACUUAGGCUCAUACAGCAUGAAUUCCCCAUCACACUGUGUUUAAUGCAAACGCUUUCUUUUGAGUGUCACAUUGUCAUUAGAACUGGACUAGCCGAUGGUGGUGGUGGAGCAAUUUUAUCAUCUUACAGAUAUGUUAAUCCACAAAUCUCUGCACUUGUCAAAAUGUGGGUUUGCACUGUGAUUGUUGUUGAUCUUUUACUAUAAGAUAUUUACUGGUGAAACACUUGAACAAUCAUAAAAUAUACAGUAUAUGUAAGUGUGCAUAUCUGGUAACAACUAAACUGGGGGGGGGGUCGAAAAAUAAAUAAAUUUCCUCUCAAACCCCUGAGGUCUCAUGAGACGGGAGCCACUGAGCCUGUGAUAGCCCCUUAGAGCCCACCUGUCAACACACAUGCAGACAAACAGAUGCUGAUGAUUUUCCAUGAAACCCAACUGUUCGUGAUCCACUACUACCGAGCUAUUUAUAGAACUGGUUUUUAACAAUUGUUCCCGGCAUACAGAUAAGAUACGUGAUCUUAUUGUCUGGGAUGUACGAACCUAUAGAUCCUCAUGUGUAAAAACUGUGUCCACUAUUUCACUUUUUUUUUUUUUUUCUCCAUUUAUAUUUUGAAUAACUAAUCCACAAUAUAAUAAAACUCUUUUCCCCAUGAAUAACCUGACU